AUGUGGAGGGAGACAAAAUUCCUCUCACUGCGUCGACUGAGGGAGGUUGGGCUGAAUAUGUCUACUGAUAACAUAAAGAAAAGGUUCUGGAAGAUAUCACUCUUGGUUCACCCUGACAAAUGCUCUCAUCCUUUAGCCCACCAAGCAUUUAUUAAGAUAAAUAAAGCAUUUAAAGAGUUACAAGAUCCAAACAAGAGGAAAGCAAUGGAUGAUAAAAUCAAGCAGAAGCAAGAGCAGGAAGAUUUAAAGGCUGAGUUCAAAGCUAUGCGUGAGGCUGCACUCUGGCGAAGAUCACAAGGUAUAUCAAUGGAAGGUGAUGAUGUGCUUCUGGCAGAGACAGAGGUCAAAGAGGAACUAAAAAGAGAUGAAUGGAUGACAACACUGCCUCCUGAGAGGAAACCUGGUAUGCCCACACAAACGACUAAGUUCAGCCGGAGCUCAAAGGAAGGCCGUGGUGAUACCAGUGCUUGGACGGAUACUCCAUCAGACAGAGCCCAGAAAGCAAAGAUGAAUUAUUUAGAGGCAUACAAUGAGGCUACUGCGCUUGCCUCAAAUGACGAGGCCAAGAAAAGGGCUAGUGAGGAUGCAGAGUUGGUGGACAAAUACAAUAAAGCGAAGAGGUCAAAAUCAUUGGUACAAAAGCACCAAGAAGAGCUUACUGGCAAGUCUAAGAAGAAAUCAAAGCGGAAACAAGAAGCAGAGAAAGAAGAAUGGGUGGGUAAUCAUCCAUGGAAGCCUUGGGACCGUGAAAAGGAUCUCACGGCUGGGAGGAAGAGUGUGAGAUUGGAUCCUGAAAGCAUGGGUGAGGGCUUAUCUUCAAGGUUUUCUGCUGGAACCUUUCAGAGAAACUUCCUUUGAAUGCUAUCUGAGCUUGCAAUUAUCCUCAUCAGU